AUGACCGGACUUUGUCUGUGUGAGGAACAAGAAAUCGCUUGGAUUGUCGUGGUGAUUCAAACGAUUGUGAUCGUCGCUCUUUCACUUCUUUUCUUCACCUAUGUCAUCUACAAUACACAACCGACAAAUUCAAUGCAUGUUGAUGAUUAUCAUGGAACUGACUCACAUGAAGUCAACAGAACAUCGAUGAUUAUGAGAAAACAUCCACGCUUGGGGCACAGCUGGGAAAACUCGAUCGAUGGAAAUCCAAAUGGUGUUGAGGUGUCAAUCGAUUUGAUUAACGAGCAAAAGCCUUUCGGGCAAUCAUCAUCGUCCUCCGAACGUUUACCACUGAAAACGGCGGCGGUGAUCUCAAAUGACAAGCGGUGCAGCGACAUUGGAAAUGCGAUCCUAGUGAGGGGUGGAAAUGCGGCUGAUGCCUCAAUUGCCGCUCUUUUCUGUCUAGGUGUCACUCAGCCACAGGCAAGUGGUCUUGGCGGUGGAUUGAUGGGAAUUUUUUGUGAGAAGGGAGGAAGGUGUACGGAGGUGAAUGCAAGAGAAACAGCUCCACAAGCCUCAACGAAAGAUAUGUUCGUUUCGAAUCCAAGAGAUGCAUCUGAAGGUUAUCGAGCCAUAGCUGUGCCGGGUGAGUUGAACGGUUUGUGGCGAAUGUAUGAGCGAUUUGGAAGUCAUCGAAUCUCAUGGCAUGACCUUGUAUGGCCAUCAGUGGAAUUGGCAAAAAAGGGGGUGAGAGUCGGUGCUGAUCUCGCUUCAAUCAUUCAACUCAAACAUCGAUCAUUGUUUGAAGAGGAAACUAUUCGAUCUUUAUUGAUCAAUCCAAGAACGGCCGAGUUGUAUAAAGAAGGAGAAACGAUGCAAAGAGAUCGAUUGGCCGAAACACUUCAACAGAUAGCUGAAGCCGAUGAUCCGGUAGAACUCUUUUACAAAGAUGAGAUGGGAGAGCAGGUUGUGAAAGAGAUACGAAAAGGAGGUGGAAUCAUCACUAAACUCGACUUCGAGGACUACGAGAGUGUCCUCUCGCCAGCCCUUUGUACCUCUUUUCACUCCACAGUUUCCCUUUGUGGCCCUCGUCCUCCUUCAUCCUUCCUCAUCACUCAACUCAUUGUCGCCACAAUGCAUGCUUUAUAUCCAUCGAAUUUCUCUGACGAAGAUCUGAAAACCGUUCAAUUUCAUCAUCGUUUCAUUGAGGCUUCAAAGUUCGCUUUUGCGCAACGAGUCACUUUAGGAGAUCCGGCUUUCACUGUCAAUUCGGAUUACAUGAUCAAUUUAAUGCUAAACUCGACCUACAUUGAAUGGCUUAGUCGGAAAGUUCCCGAGAAAACGAAAGAUUUUCGAUAUUAUGGAACACCACAGAUACAGGCUGCUGAUCACGGAACUUCGCAUGUGUCGGUGAUCGAUGAGUUUGGAAAUGCAAUCGCAAUCUCAUCCAGCAUCAACACACCAUUUGGUUCGUUGAGAGCCUCCCGUUUCGGUUUCGUCUAUAAUUCCCAGAUGGACGCCUUCUCAAUGCCGAAUGUGCCCAGUGAAUUUGGUUUUCCCCCAUCAGAGACAAACUUCAUCCAACCUGGGAAGUGUCCGAUGAGCAGUUUGAGUCCGAUAGUCGCGUUGAAUCGAGAGAAUGGACAGGCAAUCUUGUCUGCUGGUGGAAUUGGCGGGACUCGAAUUGUCCCAUCAAUGGCCUCACUUUUGACAAGAUCUCUUUUCUUCGAGAGACCUUUAGCUGAAAGCGCUCAACAGAAAUUGAUAUUCAGUCAAUUCAUUCCGGAUAACGCUUUCUUUGAGCAAGGAUUUGAUCGAGAUCUUCUUCACGAGCUCUCCGAUCGGGGUCAUCAAGUGCGGCAAAUGGCCGACUCUCGUUUCUCCGUUUUCGGUCUCUGGAUACAAUACCAGCUCUUUCAAUAUCUCACUCUCAUCAUUCACUUCGAAAAUCCGAUGAGUUUCGCGUCACUUUCGAUGGAAGAUAUGCAGAGCUCUUCCGAUACAUUACCGCUCAUCGCAUCCACACGACAACCAUCUAAUUGGAUGGAACAAAAAUUAUACAGCCCCAGUAACAUCUCAAACAAGCAAGACUUCGAGAUGGCAAAAGCUCAACUCAAAGCCUCUUCUCGUACCUCUGGAUUGCUUUCUGGAUUUGCUAUGAUAGCCUUGGUCGAGCUUCAAUACCAAAAAGAGACGCCAGCCUACUUGUUGAUCAUUUUGGGUGUUGUGACGACUCUAUUGGUCUCCGUUCAUCUCAUCGCUCUCAUGAUGUCUACAUGUAUUCGACCAUUCAUCGAUGCAUAUGCUUGCAAUGACGAGUUUCCACAUCGGAAAUUUCGAUUUUUCAUCGAUCUCUCGUGGCUGAUCUCGACAUGGAUUGGUUUGGUGCUGUUUCUUAUCGAAAUUGGUAUCAUUUUGCUCGUCAAAUUUGACGCCGUCAAGAAUUACACGGCCGGCUAUGUGACAACUGCAUUGUUAGUUCCCGUGUUGGCCGUUUUCUUCUGGUUGGCCUGGCAAAUUCACCGAAUAAAAACCAAGCACGCGCAGGAAAGGCGACGAAAACAACAAACCAUUGGCUUCUAUCACAAAAACAAGGCCCUUGUCUCAAUUCCGAUUCGACACGUU